GUGGAGUCAGAGGCCAGCGCCAGACAGUUGCGCCGAGUCGCUCCAGCUGGUCGGACGCAAGCGCGCCGCGGAGUGUAGUGCUAUACGGAAUACGGCGACUGCCACCUUCUCAUUAGAUGCUGAUGGUCUCUGUCCAAGUGUAAACGCUGAUGAUGGAAGUGGUGGCGGGUGGGGAGCGAGCGGGAGCCCCCUUCUCCAGACACAAUGUCCAGGAGUGGUCCAGGCUGGAUCAGCUGACGGGACUGCUGGAACAUGCUCGGGUGGAAACCGAUCAUUGGACUGCGAGCACCAGUAAUUCUUCCCACCACUUUGGAAAGGUAGUGGACUCACGCUCACGCAACCUCGCAGACGGAGGGCAGGAGCAGCGACAACAGACCAAGCAGCUGGAGGUUUUCCAAGCCAACAUCCCUGGCGGCUCAGUGCAGGUGAUCCGUUCCAGCACCAGCAGCUCUUGGCAGAGUCACAAGACUUUGUCUGGAGGGAGUGGCUGGACCGGUACUGAAAGACUUGCUCUUCCUAACUCAGAAAACCAGGACUUUGAUCAUCUCAAGUUGGUAUUGAAUCCUCUCGACCUCAGCUCGCAGAAGACAAAAGCGAGUGUAGGUCGAAGUGGCUCAAUCGGAAGUCGGCGUCCACCUUCCAGACCUCGGAGUAUAGUUGGAUUGAAACUCGAAGAGGCUUCCGAGCUCGCAGAUUAUAGACAGUUGAAAGAACUGAGUAGUAUUUGCCACAAAGCCCAUGAAGAAGCUAAGCAAGAUUUGAGUCAGUCUAGACAUUCACCACAUGACCUGUCAAACGGCUUCAGCUGCGACCAAAACGACAGUAUCACGAACGAUGACUCUCAAGUAGCAGAGGCAAAUUAUAACUUUAGAAAUAGUGCCAGCAGUGAAGUUACAAAAUCCAGUGGUCACCUAAGCCUUAUCCGUAAGAAGAGUUGCUCAAGUGAAGAUUUGCAUGCAGUUGAUGAAGAUGGCAAUGAAGCUGCUUCAGUUGGCUCUGACUGGAGGAGGUCUUCUAAGGUAAGAAGGUCUUUGCAGUUUCCCCCAAAACCCAACUCCAUUCAUAAAGAAAACAUUGUUAUUCCUGUAACUAAAAGUGUGUCAGAGAUAAAGAAAGAAAUCGAGGCUCGCAAGCAACUAGUUACAAAUUCUUUUAAAACUCACCAGUGGAAUAACUUUGCCGAACUAGAAGGUGUUUUGGGGGUUGUUCGUAACGGGAGUCAUGAAGAAGAGCUCAAAGAUAGUUCAAAUUCCUCAGAAGCUGGAGCUGUAAGUCCUACUAAAACUGCUGCAAAGAAGCGGCAAACUUUUAUUACGGUUGAGUCAUUAAAAGAAGUUAAGGGACGAUUAAGGAAAUUGAACUCGCCUGUUGAGGAAAUAUUAAAGACUGAUGAUGUUGAUGAUGGCAUUGUGACUGAAGUUAAACCAUCCAGCCCGAUUCCAGAAAAUACUGACAACAUACCUAAGAACUCUGUCAAAUCAUAUGUUUUUGGUAUGGAAGUGAUGCUAAGAAAAACUAAGCCUCCCAUUGUAGGUACAGGCAGUCUGGAAUCUAGAAGCUCAAGCAAGUUUUUAACAAAUGGAAGUAACCGGUCAGAAGAGUGGUACAAUAGAAGAAAAUCCUAUGGUUUUGAACCAGUCAGCAACCAACAGAGCAACUAUUCUUCGUUUGAAAAUAGUAAAAUUGAGUCUUCAACAGACAGUGGAAUUUGCAGAUCUUCUGACAUGUUUUCUUCAUGGUCAAAGCUUGCGGAAAAAUCAACUAACCAAACCAGUCCAAUAAAAACAACUCAUAGUAUAGUUAUAAAACCUUACCAACAAACGGAUGUCAAAAGAGCCAUUGAUAUUGAAGGUGAUGCUGUUAUACAGAAAGGAAGGAAAACUGUUGUUAAUUUAACAGGCAGCAAUGUCAACUCUUCAUGGGGUUGGAACUCCAAAACCGAACUUUCAAAUCCACAAUUAGAGGUAUGUAAAGAAAGUGUAGGUAGAGGGAAAAUUGCAGAUGCAAUUAGAAGCCUCAAUGAAAAAUCAACCUUAGAAAAACAGAGACUCUCUGAGCCUAUAACAAUAUCAAUUCCAAUCCAGCAAACUGCAAAGACUAACAAUACAGAUCCAACAAACUUACUCUUGAAACAAACUAAUAUUACUUCAAGUAAUACUGACAAGAUAGAAACAAGUACACAUUCUAAAAAUGUAAUAGCUCCAUAUUCUGAACUAUUAUUUGGCAAAGAUGCAGGAGAAACAUCUAGCAUAGACACUAAAUCUGAAUUUGAAAAUAUUCCUUGGAGAGGAAAUCGAACAAAAACCCUUUCCAACUUUUUUGAUUCAGAAUUCAAGAGACAUUCCAUUGCAGUAGAUCAAGCCAAGUAUUUAUCCAACAAGAAAUCCUACGGUUCAUACUAUCUCAACGGGAUACAUGAUGUGAAUGACAAAGAAGGAGAUGCCCAUAUGAAUGUUGUUCCUUAUAGUAAAACUGAUAGAGAUUCCAAUAAGAUUAUAACUGAAAGUGACCAUGAAGCGAGUGAAAAGAAACAGAAGAAGGUUGAGUUCUGCAAAACAGAAGUGCAUUUUGCAGCUGAACCUGGAAGAUUCAAUAUUGUUGAAACUGAUGGAAAGCCUCCUCCAAGUAACCUUUAUCGUAGAAGACGCAAAACUACCUCUGAUGCACCGAAUCGAAGUGGUUUACCUGAAAUUAGAUUUGGGGACACGCCAUAUGAAAAGAACAUGUUAACAACUGAAAGUACUUCUGCUGAGAAUUUUACAUCUAAAUCAUUGACUUUCCGAGGCAGUCCAGUUUUUCAUGACAAUGAAAAAGAUGAUAGUGUCAUAUUUACUCAUCCAAAUACCACAGUUCUGCAAAGUAAACAGUUCAGCAAACUUUCCCAUCAGCAAAUUGAUAGUACACAUACCUCAGAAACACAAAACAACUCAGAGGAUGACAACCCGAAACCGAGAAGUAUCCUUAAAAACAACAUCCCAAAACCAAAGCCUUACAUUCUUGGUGAGUCACCCGACAGCCCCUUAACUGCUGAAGAAGGCUCUUCUUGGGGAGUCAAAUUGAAGUCAAUAAAAUCGGAUGAGGAGAAUUCAAAAUGGCAGACAGGCUCUCAUUUUCCAAAAGAAACAGAAUUCCAAAGACUUUUAAAAUCAUUGAAACCAGCAGCAAAUAAACCCCCAGAUUUAGCGGAAAUUGCAGUGCAACCAGAACCAUCCUCAACAGCCGCAGACAACGGUUUGGAAGUUAGGAUCUCAUCUUCCUCUUUUCCACCAGACCAUCGACGAGCUUCCUGGUCCGUUGCUGACCGGAUUAAAAAUGUAGAAGACACCAGAGGAUAUUCCACCAAGGUCAACUUUGGUCCUCAAGAGACGACUGUGAUAGAUGCUUCUAAAAUUGAUGAUGUUACUUCUAGAGUUAACGCUUCUGAUGGCCUCAAGAGCAGCUGGACUAUUAAGGAGCAGAAGUCAUCCUUUGAUACAAGACCUGCCGAGCAGCCAGAGCCAGGGCUCAGGAGCGGGAAGAAGAUAACGUACUCGCAAAGUUUUUCCACUCCGGUAAACCAAUGUCCUCCUGAACAGACCAGAGAUAGCUUCAGCAGGAACAUUUUGAAGUCGACAUCGCUUGUCAUGGAAGUACAGAAUCCAAGCAUCAACCAUUUAGGAGAAUUCGAAAAGAAGGUCUCAGUGAAGGAGAUUUCAACGAAUCUGAUUCGAGACAACUGCGGUAAAAAUGUUCAAAAGGUGAAGGAGCCUCUUUGUAAAAAGAAUUUGAGUUCUGUCAGCGAAAAAGUUAGCCAGUACUCGCAAAAGCACAACACGUUCGAGAAGGAAAGAAAGAAAACAUAUCAAGAUAUCAACACAAAAACUAUUCCUCCGGUGAGGAAAAUUUCUUCGGCGACUCAGACGUAUUUCGUCAACAGGAGUGCUGUCAGAAGGGAUCUGCAUCAGGCUACAAGUAUAAAAAUUAACACCUCUUUAAGUGAAAAACACAAGAUCCCUGAGAAGUCGGAAGAAGCCAUGAAUGGCAUACCGGGGGUUCUAAAUGCACUUGAUGAUUUGAGCAGAUGUAUCGAUGAAGUCAUCAUUGAGUCACCACAGAAAGUGUGUAAAGCUGAGGUUCCAAAAGCAAGUGUUUUCAGCCUCAAAGAAGAUUUCAAAAAGGAGACCAACAAUCAUGAUAACAUUCUGAGCGUGGCCAGUCAACAACCAACGGUGAGCGUGAUGAACCAGUUAGAUCUGCUGCGAGAGAUUGUGGACUCUGGAGAGUUGAGCGAGGAUAGCCUCAAAGCAGACGAGGAAGUACGAGCAUACAUGAGCACGGACAAUGAUGAUGACACACUCAGCAGUGAAUGGUCUGGGAGCUGGAGCAGAGUGAGGUCUCUCAAGCAGAGCACUAAACAAGUGGAAAAGAAAGUGAAGCCUUCUGUUGCAGACCUGGUGCCUAGAAUAUCACCCAGUUUUGGCUCAAGAGGUCAUUCACCUCUGCACCAUAGGCAAGGCCUAGAAGCUGCAGUGAGCACUCAUCCAGAAGUUCCUCGCAUAACAUCUAUCUCUCUCCACUACGCUGAUGCGCAGCAGCCCUCACCCAUGCAGCCAGUGGCACUUUUCAGAGAGUCUCUGGAGUCUCAGCAUCCUACAACGUCCUUUGUCUCUAGAAAUCUCCUUAAUACAGACUCUUCUGGUAUAUCCAGCAAGGUGGAAAUGUCUCUGAACGGUGAUAGGACUUGGAGCUUUUCUAAGGUCCCUCUCAGGGAGACCACAGCAAGUAAAUUUAGUGAAAGUGAUUAUAUUGACUCAACAAAACAGCCUUCAACUCAGAAACCUAUUAGGCUGCAAGUUAGGGACAUAACUUCAUCGCCAAGCAGGUUCAGCAGGAAUUCUCAGUCUCCCACGAAAGAGGCUCUCUUUUUAGAAAGAACGGCUGAGAGGAAUGUCUUGUACAAUGAAAAUAAUCGGCAAAUGUCAUCAUCACCAACUAGUGGAACCUCUAAGAAAGUGACAUCGGCAGCAACUAUCAAAGUUGAUGCUUUCCAGAACAAUUCCAGGAAAAGUGACAAAAUAUUCGCUUCAAAAUCUGUUACUAAUCAGAUAUCUAAAUCGGCAAGUCAGAGUAGUUCAGUACAUCAAUAUAAGCACAAAGUUGAGGAUAAAUUGGAAUCAGUAAAAAAAAGUGAUACGAAAAAGUCUCUGAAUGAAAUGAAAACUAAGGAAAGGAAACUAUCAACUAGCAGUAGUGGUAGAGAUGGUUGGCUAAACACUCCAAAAGAAGUCCAGGCUAGGAAAAAAUCCGAGUCUUACAUUAGAAAACAAGACACUAGAAGUGAAAACAAAAUAAGUGAGAGAACAAUAAAACCGAAUGUAACGAAACCGAAUCAGAAAAGAACCGAAUCACCCAUCUACCAAAACAGAGAAAUUUACGCAGAAAGAAGGGACUCAAAUGACAACACUGAAACAGAAUCGACGAUACUAGAAGAGCUGACAAAAGCUGCAGAUCAAAUCUUGCUGGCUGUGAAUGGUUACACUGAUGAUGACUCCUUCAGAGCGAGUAGCGAAGAUGAGUUCAGGAAAAGGCGAGAAAAACCCACCUCACAACCACUUUGCACCAUUUCUGAAUUGCCGAAUAAAAAAACUAACACUAACAAAUUCGCAAGCAGACAAAGCUUGGGAGUUAUCAAGUCUACCAGGAGUACUGAUCUUCGAAGAGAAUACAGAUCCUCAUCAAAAACACGAGUUGGGAAAACAUCCUCGAAUUCCUCAAUGGACAGUGGUCCCUCUAGCGAGUUUAAGUCCGGUGAUGUCAAGCCACUCCUAUCGCCUGAGGAUCGGAGCAAGCGGAGAGCAGCGAGGCUUUUGCAGCGAGCAAGCAGUCGGGAACUACUGCUCCAGACUGCCGCUAGUUCAUCGGAAGACAUGGGUUCCGGGAGUGACACAGGGUCUCUGAGGACCAAGCGAGUAUUCAGGAGAUCUCGAUUGCAGAACGGAAAACUUAGCGGGUCCAAACAGGAUUUGACAAGCAUUGUUGCCGAGACCAGGACUAAGGAGAGAGUCCAACGAUCAGCAAUUACAAGCGAAGCUCACACAUCUCACAGAGCGAAAACGCAAGUGGAGAACAGGUGUUCCAGGCAUUCCAAAACCAUUACAGGUUCAACAGCGGGUGAGCGACGUGAGAGGAGGCCUCAGACCGUGGUGACUCACAGUUCCCGCACUCAGUACGUACCUCACAGCUCACGCUCACGCACUCGCACAAGCCACGCACCACGCCCCCAAUGCCCCUGUUUCUGACACGAACCGCGUACUUUUCUAAACAGUACCGAAAGAAGAAGUCAGAGACUAGUCAAUCGGAAGCGAAGAGUGGCUUAGCUCGAGAGUAACAUCUCGACGCAGACUGAACAGAUCUCACCCCCAUGGCUCUCACUGUCUAGGUUAUCAAAAUACUCAACUAAAGUACUUUUGCAUCAUUUUAAAAUAUGAAUAGUUUAAGGACUGGUUUCUUACGAUGAAAAGAUAAUGUAAAUUCUCAAGUUUUACAUUUUGGUUUCAAAAUUCCCAGUAUUGUUGGAAGUCGAAUGGUGUGCAUCUCAAGAACCCUUCUGUGGAACUGAAAUGUUCAACCCUUUGUGCUCGUAUUGAGGUUUUCUAAUAAUUGGAAUUUAUUUUUGUUAAUAUACACAAUCUUUUAGUCCAGAAUCCGAGUUAUUUUACAUUGUAUAUACACACAACAACCUUGAUUUUCUUGAAAUCCACAAAGAAAUUUUCUCUAAGAAGAAAAUUGAUCAUCAUCUUCGUUGGUUUCAGUGGAGAUUGAAACAGGAUGUAUCAAAAGGGUUAAAAAUAUGAAUCUAUGAUUUUUUUUCUCAGACCACACUUUUCUUAGCUUGACAUGCUUCAUACCAACCUUCAGACAUGCAAAUAAAUUUUAAAUCAUUGUCAGCCAACCUAUACAGACCCUGAAUGUGGCUACUAUUAUUCUUUAUCUAGGAGUGAGAGUAUUAGUAAACUAUACAUACUAUUAUUAUAUGAAUUAAAAAUUGUGUACGGUAUAUGAAUUUUGAAUUGAAACCUAGUAGUGUCUUCUAUUUGUGUGUUAUGAUUAAAAACUUGUAACGUAUUUAGAAAUAUUGAAAAAAUAAUUAAAAAAGUAUUAGUAACAAAUAAAACAAAAUAAAUAUGAUCUAGCUGAUUCUGAAAGAACUGUGUAAGUUGGCACUAUACUCGAUCUUAACAGAUACAAGAUACAAGAUACAAGUGGUGAAAUUGAUUUAUGAUUGCAUCGCUUAUCUAUCAGGGGCGAACUCAAUACAUCCUUGCGGGUAUCCAUUCAUCUUGCGAGUGCAAAGGGUUUGAAGUUGUAAUAACUUUGAUUUACAGAACUACUAUAUGACCUUUCCUCUCAUCUUUGAUUCUCUGAUACAGUUUCCGAGUAAUUCAACGUUAUUGUGAAUGUUAUGUGCUUGGUACUCUCUAAUUUUAGGAAGCAUUAAGAUUUACGAGUUCCUACGCUUGUUCAAAGUUUUAUUUUGUAUUAUAUGUAAAUUAUUGUGAAGCAAAGCUCAACAAGUUGUGAAUUGGCUAUGUAGUGAACCAUGUGUUAGUCGUGCACGGUUUUGAUGAUCGGGGUUAAAUAAUUCGUAGAAACCCCUCAGAAAUAAUUUUUUAUGUAACAACGAAAAACUUUAAUUAUAUAGUGUCAAAUUAAUAGUAUUAUUUUUCAACGUGAAGAAUUUAUGAAAUUGCUCUAUAGACUUUGAAAUACUUAUACAAGUCAUAAAUUUAACUUGCAGUAAAAUUUACUCAAACCAUGAUUUUUAACGAGAUUUGACAAACUAAAAUAUUGAUUUCAGUUCAAUAUAAAAAGUAAACAUUGCUUUAACCCUUUGAGUGCCAAGCACUCUUGAUGUUUGUGUAGUGUUCAGCUAAAUAAUUUGUAACUUUUUGAAAAUAAACAUAAUGGAAUGAUUUUUGUUUUAUUGUAUUGGGAGAAAAGUGUGAUAUGAAUUAUAUUUAUGUAAAUGAUAAAAUCUGUUGAAAUAUUUAAAUUAAAAAUUGUUCAAAACAUUUUAAUUUUUUAUGUAUUGGUAAAGAAAAAUUGUAAUUUUUGAUAAAGAAAAUUGUUUAUUUUAUUGUCUUAAUACACUUGUAUGCAAAUGAUUUAUUGUUCCCUAUGUAAGUAGGAGCCGGUAUAACUUACCAAGUUUCAAAAAAGUAAGUAUCUGUAAUAUUGAAUACAACUCUUCUUAUGUAUUAGUGCAAAAUAUUGAAAAUCUGUACUCGUAUAAACGUUUUCUCUCAUGUUUGGCUAAUAGUUUUUAUCAGCUGUAACGAAUCAUACCAAGAUAGACAAUCUAUGUUUAUUUGAUUUAUUAUGUAUAAAUAGACUAAGAAGAAUGCAAUAUUUCAUCAUUUAGAAACAGAAUAAUAAAUAUUCAAAAAGCCGAUCUAGUCGGCCCUCAGCACUAUUCGG